AUGGUCAUUCAAGAGCUUCAACAAAACAAAAAAGGUUUCAAGGCGCUUGUCAAGAGCCUGUUUAAAAGGAUUGAUGAUGCUCACAAUGGCUUGAUAACCAUCUCUGAGUUCGAGAAACAUUUCAAUGACGAAGCCGUCCGUGCUUUCUUCGAGUCAUUAGAGAUGAAUGCUGCGGACACAUGGACUUUGUUCGCGAGUUUGGAUGCAGACGGUGAUGGAGCCAUCAGUUUGGAAGAGUUUGUAGACCGGUGCGUGCAGCUGCAUGGUCCAGCCAGAGCAGUGGACUUGUACGCGUUAAAGCAAGGCCAAGUCAAACUUCGCCACGAGAUCCAGAAGGUCUUCGAGUAUCAGAAGAUGGUCAACUCCAACAAAGUUGGGCAGGCUUCAUCAACACUUCGUGCUCGAACAGCAGCAGAUUUUCAGUACAUGGUCUCCAGAUCAAAAUCGGCAAAGUCAGAGGAGGGUGAGCCGCACUUGACAGUAUGA